AUGGGGAGGGCCGGGGCGAGGGCGGCGAGGGCGGCGAGGGGUCGAGCAGCGGCGAGGGCGGCAGUGGAAGUGGAUCUGGAUCUGGUAGCGGCAGUGGCAGCGCGAGCGCGAGCGAGCGGGAGGAAGACGGGGACACGUCCGCGGACGACGGCGGUGCGGCGGCGCGGGCGCAGCCGAUCCCCGUCCCCGUCCCCGUCCCCGCCCCCAUCUCCGCCUCCACACACGGCUCGCACCACCCGCCUCCGAGCCCCAGCACGCACGGCCAUCGGGGCCACAGCCACAGCCACCACGCGCACGCGCACACGCACGCGCACGCGCAGCACCGGUCCCGCGCCGCAUCGUCGCUGUCCUCUUCCGCGUCGCCCUCGCCCGCGCCAUCGACCCCCGGCUCCGUCCACCUCUCCGCGUCCCCCGCGUCGAGCCCCGGCUCGGGCUCGGGCGCGGGCGCGGGCGCAGGCAGCCCCGGGUUCUGGAGGAAGUGGAAGGGCGCGGGCGCCGUGCGGAGCCGCGGCGCGGGCAAGGGCGCGCGGGGCGCGGCGUGAGCCCAGCCGCGGCGCUCGCUCUAUUUCGGCUUCGCGCUCUUCGUCCCGCGUACCGUGUCCUGUGCUGUCUCUCGUGUUUUGUUUUCUUGGGACGCCCACGUCCGUCCGUCCGUCCGUCCGUCCGUCGUUCACGACGCCGCGGCCUCGCUAUACCCGCGCCCUUUCUUGGUUCCUCGGGCGAUCGCCCCCUUCCUCUUGA